AUGAAGCUCCAUCUUCUGAAGAACACACAUGUGACUUGUAAUGAUGGCACAACAGCAGGGUACUACAUACGAGAAGCCAAGGCAAACAAACGAUGGAUUAUAUUUUUGGAAGGGGGAUGGUGUUGUUACAGUAAGGAGACAUGUGAUAUCAGAUAUAAAAGUGCCAAACGGUUAAUGAGUUCCUCAAACUGGCCAAAGACCAGAAAAGGCACAGGAGUUCUCUCACCCAGGCAAGAUGAGAAUCCUCACUGGUGGAAUCUAAAUGCUGUGUAUGUCUACUAUGAUGGUGAUAAGUAUAAAGAAUUAUCCAGAAAGGAUGUAAAUGUCUACUAA